GACAUGUAUUCGAAGAAGCACCAACUAGCAAAGAGUGCACAAUUAGCUACUCCAUUUGCUUUAACAUAGCAGUGACAUAACGGAAAGAUAACUCGAUAUGUAACCCGAUUACAACAUAGCAUAAUUACCAGCUUUAGCACAGCUUUCCUCCUAUGUUGCCGCCGAAAAAGAAAUCCGACGACACUUAGUCUCACCCUGCCACUAGGCGGCAGCGCCCAUUUGACGAAGCAAAUAACUCGCCGCCGACCUAGAGCAGACAAGGCACGUAGAGUGCAUACACAUGCACAAGACCCGAUUAGUCCCACACAAACAAUGUAGGGAUUUAUUGCUCGCAUAAAGCGACAUAUAGCUAACCAACAUAAAUAAACUAAAACAUAAAAUAAACUUAGACCUAUGGCAGGGCCCAGAAACUGAGCCCAAGCCCAAGCCCAUAUAGCUAGAGGAUCAGAGCCAACAGGACAAGCCCGGCCCAAUACUGUUGUAGUCACCGUCGAUAUCCUGACACCUCCGUCGCACCUCCACCUAUUUCGGGUCGCCGCCGUCAUCAGCACUCCACCAGCCUCCGAACCGAGGCUUCUGACCAUCUUUCUACCCAGAUCAGAUCUGGGGUCACCCAUCGAUCCAACCCAGAGCCGGUCAUCCAUCGUCCCUAUGCUAUUGACUGCGCUCGAUCCCGACCGUGCUCCCAAACCAGCGACUUCCGGCCAGCCCCGCGACAGCAGCACCAGACCACCGCUCGCCAUCAGACACGAUCUCCUCAGCCACGUCUCUCAAAUCCCAGCGAUCCAGAUCGGAUCCACUCUGAUUGAGAGCCGAACAACUCACCUUUGACCCGUCCCCGAUGGACGGACAAUCAGACCCGUCCGGCUGCACCCACAACGCGCCGACGAGGUCAAAGACGACGCCUAGGCGGAGGGCCGCCGGACGAGUGCAAAUACGGCUAGGGUAUUUCCUGUUCUCGCUCUCCUUCAAAAGCUAGACUUGUAAAGUUUUAAAAUAAAAUAUAUUUUGUUACAGUUAGAUUAGCACAAAAAUUGUAAUAAAUGAAAGAGAGAGAUUCAGGGAAAUCCGUAGAAACAGCAAACCAAACUACUCCGCUAUUUUUGGAUUCUUUCCUCACUAAUCGAAAAAGAAAAGAACUUUGCAAGUGACUCCCGAUUCAAUUCUCUCCUCCUCUCUUCUUCAACUGCGCCUCCUCGUCCGUUGGUACCAACAACAUACCCUGUUCAUUGUUUGCUAAAUAUUUAAACAUUUGGAGAUAGAUAGACUAAAAUAUUAAUUAGUUAUCUGCAUUAGAUAUUUUUGUUCGCCGGCAAUUGUGAUUGUACGAUUUUUACGUAGAGGAGGGUGAUUCUGGAGCCAAAGAGGAAGAAGAGGGGAGGGGAUUUGUAUGUAGAUUAUUUUGAAGUGGUUUGAGAUGAAAAAUGGCGUGUGAAGUUGGUGGCGGGGGUGGGCAAGACAACGCGUCGUCGGGUUUGGGAUCGCCGAAGAAGAACAGGGAUAGGAUCAAGUUGCUGUGCAGCUAUGGCGGGAAAAUCCUACCUAGACCUUCCGACCGCAUCCUAAAGUAUGUUGGUGGCGAGACUCGUGUCGUUGCCUUGUCCCGCGACGCAACUUUUUCUGAAUUGAUGAAGAAAUUGAGUGCAGUAGUUGAUGGGGACAUGGUGUUGAAGUACCAGUUAAUCCCUGAAGAUCUGGAUGCCUUGGUCUCUGUUCGAAGCGAUGAAGAUGUAAAGCACAUGCUGGACGAAUAUGAUAGACAAGAAAACCAAGGCAUGAGUCCUAGGCUAAGGACCUUCUUGUUUCCAUCCAAGCCAAUCAUGAUAGAAAACAGCAGCCACUCAUUGGAGCUAGAGCAGCGUUACAUAGACGCCAUCAAUGGCAUAGUCCGUUCAUCGAAACAACAGCCACCCUCAAUCAUAGGCAGCCCUCACAUCGCCAGCACCAGCAGCAUUGGGAAUUGCAGCAGCCCCAUAGCCAGCUACAGCCCCCUUGCUAGCUUUUCCUCUGCUUGUUCUUCCCCCAAGUCAGGAUCGCCCGAACACCAUUUUAUGGUGGUACAAGAAGCUAACCAAAUAUUACAAGCCAGUAGAUUUUCGCUUCCUCCUGUUAUGCAUAAAGUGCAGAGCUCUCCCAGCCUUUCUGGUAAUCUUAAUCUUCAACAAUACCACAACCUAAACUUUGCUCACCGUCACCACCAGGGUGGUGGUGGUGGUGGUGGAUACCAUUACCAACAACCCCAAAGUGGCCACUACCAAAUGUCUAGAAGCCUAUCAAGAAACUCGCACCCCCACAACCACAGUAGAGGUGGUCUAGGCAGUCCCACCCCGCCCCAUAUGUCUCCCAGGGGAAGAUCCGAGUCAGGGAGCGUGAGGAGCUUGAUGGGUCAGUCUCGUCAUAAUUCGGGUUGCAGUAGCCCGAGACAACAAAACCAAAGACCAAAUGCAGGAGGAGUCAACGAUUAUUGUGAUGAUCCAUAUGGCUACAACGGGGUUGAUAGAGCUGAGAGUCUUCCAACAAGUCCACGACAACGUUAGCUAGGGAGCUAAUGAUUUGAUUUCAGAUUUCUUCAUCAGGCACCUCUAGUUUCUCUCAACUCGAUGAAUUUUACAAUUUUUCCUUUCUGUUUCUCUACUUAUGAGCCAUGUCUGUUAAUACCACUGAUCAAUUUUGAUCUUUGAUAGUAAAAAGGAAAAAAGACCAUAAGAAUCAGCUUUAAAAAAAAAAAAAAAAAAAAAAAAGACGAGGUAAACUAUAUGGCAAGGCCCAAAAGGAGUAGGGAUUAUUAUUGGGUAGAAGCAAGAUACACACUCCUCAGUUAACGUCACUGUUCAGCAUUUAAACGGGGAUGCUGCUCAAACUAAUCAAUCCACCAUCUUGCUAUCUUCAUCUAAUUUAAUUUCAAGUAAAGUAACUAAUCCUCUAUCUUCUAGCAACAAUAUUUCCCAUUCUCGUCCAAACAAAAAUGAACCCAACCAACCCCAACUACCCCAUCGGAUCCUGCCCAUCUCGGUUCUCCUAUUAUACACAUUUAGUAAGCAAGAAAAACAAAAAAGAAAACCA